CACAGCGCUCUCUCAACCCUCUCCAUCCGCCCGUACUCCUUGACUGACGUUCAUCCCCACUCCCACACAACCACCACCCCUCUUCCAUACAAAUACCAAUACCAAUACCAAUACCACUUACCAAUACCUCGCACGUAACGUACUCACCACUGAACUGAGGGAGGAUACUCAAUAACUUUCUCCACUCGGAGACGCAUUGCACGUCACUUUCCCACCACCUGAAACCACCCACCCACCCACUCCCUCACACAAAACACAUCAGCGCCAAGAAAAAGAUGUCCAUCUCAGUACGGGCAGCCGCAGACGCCGGAAGUGGGGCUCUGGAGGGCGUAUCCUCGACUUUCAGCAACCUCAUGGCGAGAACUAGGAAGGCCACUAGUCCUUCGGUAGACUGGAGACUACUCCCGCAACCUGUCCCUCUCGUCAAAGUCAUUUCCCAACCGAUUGCGCCAGGGUCAAACUCAAUCAAAUAUGUUGCGACCGGGAUCACACCGCAAGCGGAACAGAUUUUGACUCAGUUGGAGAUGCCCAUUCAUGUGGUCGCUUUUACGGGAUUUGGGAGAUCGGGUAAAUCAUUUACGGCGAGCAAGAUCAGGUCACAUUUGACUGGCAAUGAUGACCACAAGUUCAUCAGUGCACCGGGAAACGUACCCUGCACACACGGAAUCGACAUGCUGGUGUUUGACAACCCUCGGGGUCCCGGAACCAUAGUAUUUCUCGACUGUGAGGGCGGCGCCAACCACAACCAGACAGCUCUUCCCUUCGUCAUUGGUCUCGCGGCCCGCCUAUCAACGCGGAUGUAUGCUUUCGAAAGGGGCUGUUUCACCACUGGCGGCCUCGACACCGUCAUGCAGGUCAUCAACAUGGGCCACGCGACGAGCGGAGAAGAGGUGGAUAUGACGCGCGAACUCGUACUCGUCGAAAACAUGACCAUCAAUGGCGACAUCCCCGACCGGAUCCUGCUAGACGACCUCCUCUCCGAGAUCGACGGCGACGAGCAAACCAACCGCGUCCGCUCCCUCAUCCGUGAACGCUUCUCAGUCCGCUUCGCCAAACUCCCCUUCAAUAUGGCCGGCAACACCGCCGUCUACAACGAAGCCAUCGCCACCCUCGCCGACAGCCUCGCCGAAGACCUUCAACCCUCCGUCAUCGGCGGCGUCCCCGUCGACGGCUCCGUCAUCGUCCAACUCAUCAACGAACUCCUCGCCCAGAUCCGCGACGGUGGCAACCGCUACAACAUGAUCAGCGCCACCGAGGCCCUCGUUGCCAACAUGGCUGCGGAAGCCGCCAACGCCGUCUGGACCGACUUCAUCGCCCGCGUCCGCAAACAGGGGAACCACCCCGUCCAAGUCAACGGCCGCAAACACCUCCGCACCAUCCUCCGCGAAGUCGAGGGCGCAGCAAACACAUGCCUGAACGACCUCGAAUCCUUCACAACAAAACUCGUCCCCGCCCAACCCGCCGCCAUCGCAAAAACAACAUGGGACCGCAACUACCGCAACUUUGAGAUGGACAUCCGCGCAGCGCAUAAACGCAAAGCAGACGAUCUGGCUAAAUAUACCCAGUGGGCGGAUAAGCUCAACCGUAUCGUCAGCGAAGUCGUUGCACAGGUCGUCGAGGCAAUCAGGCAGUUCAUUAGGUUUGCGAGGUUCUCGACGAGUCUGGUGUUGAUGGGAAACUACUACUUUUGGAGCACGUCGUUGAAUGUGGUUACGGGGAUCGCGCAGGGGGUCAUUGCGGGGGCUACUUCUUAGAUCUGGGGAUCUAGGGAUAUCGGGAUAUAGCGUUGGAGGGGUGGGGAGGAGGAGGUGUGCGCGGGAGACGAGGGUAUGUGAUUUGGCUCGGCGUUCGGGAAGCCUGUCAGUCACCAUGGUUUUGUGCAUAUGUGCGCUGCGUUGCGUUGCGUUGCGCACACGUUCAUUCAGCGUAUCUAUGAGUUUUCUUCUCAUUGUUCUAUUUCUUUUUUGGCUUGGGGCGUGCUGUGCUGCAUGGGGCCGUGGGUUGUAAUGGGUCAAUCUUUUUCGUGGGAGGGUUCAGGAGCGCGUGGGAGUGGGUUCGCCCCUCAU